CUCCGCAGACGAAGAGCGGGAGAGCGAAAGAGGAAGACAAGUCAGGCGGGUUAAAAGAAAACUCCCUUCAUUUAGAAAGACGUUUAUAACCGUUUGUGAAAGAGCCUACUGGAUGACCCGGGCUGAGGACCAGCCGAGCUCGACUCCCGCCUAAAGGUGUUACCUCCUCAGGUCAGCCCACUGCGGACCGGCAGACAGCUGGUCAGGUGUGUCGUCCCACUCGGAGGGGUGUUCCCCCAAGGCAGACGAGGACAAUCCGGCUUAUCUGGACAAUUCUGGCUGAUGUACGGGAGAGUUCUGUUCCGUUGCUGCGUUUAGAGGGUUCCUGCUCGGUAACCAAGGUUUGGUCUAAAUGAACCCGUGGGCUCCCAGUCCGUAUGCCGUCACACCGGUUGCCGUCAUGUUGGCCAGAUGUGUGGCCAGAGGCCUUCUGUCUCAGGAGGAUGUAGACUCGGUUCCCAAGGAGACUUACGCCUUCUCCUCCCAUCUCCAAGAAACUGAACAACAAAUGAAAAGUAAAAGACGUCUGAAUGAGGUACUACUGGAGAUUGACCUUUUGAAGCUGGAGAAGGAGAACGCUGAUGUCACCCAUCAAUUCUACCUGAGCCGGAGGUUUGUUGCUCUGCAGAAGUUUACCAGUCACCUCCAGGAGGUCCUGAGGGAGCAGACGAUCCUGAGACAGAGGCUGAUGAAGCCGCUCUGUCAGACCAACCUGCCAAUUCACGCUGACCUCCACAGGUAUGUGGUGGAUCUUAUCAAGAUGGUGGUGGACUUCAUAGAGACUCUGGAGAAACACAUGACCACCGUCCGCACCAUUCCCACCGUCAGCGACGCGAUGGUCAAACUGAAUAACGCCCUGACCCAGCUGUUAGCUCAGGUAACAGAGGUGGAGAAGUUAUCUGAACAGGUUAUCCAGUGGAGAGACCGGCACAUCAGCCUCCUGACACCUUCCAAGAGGCAAGAGGAAUAACCCACAGCUCCUACGGCGAGAACCACCCAGCGCCUUCUCUCAUGGACCCAGAGAAACCCAACAAAGCUCACAUAUCUGGCAUACGUGUAUGAGGAUACAUUUUUAUUACAUUUAUUCUAUGAACAAGUUUCUUUCUGGUUUCUUUCUGGCACAGGAUUCUCACCUGUAGUGUUAGAAACACAAGGUCUUUAGGAUCAACAGGAUUGAAUGAAGUAUUUCAGAUGUUCCAUGUCAUUUUUCUGAAGGAGAAACGGUGGAGUUCUGCUUUUUGUAGAGAAAUACCCGGUUAGCAGCUUAGUGGGGGAGCCACAGAAAAAGAUUUUUAAAAACAUCUUUCGUGCACCCAACUGAAUACAGUUACAUUUGGUUGAAUCUUCUCUAUCAGCCAACUGUGGGAUGGACAUUGACAGUCGAAAUGUUUCUGUAUUUGUUUCAGAAUUGUCUGAGAAACCAUCAUAAUUUCUUGGUUUUCUUCAUCUAAUUUUUCCUCUUAAUCCAUACAUAUUAACUCAAGUCAGGCGUUUGAAAUAAACCCGUUUUGUGGAAAAUUUUUACAAUUACUGCAGCACUUUUGUAAAUAACUUCUGUCCUGUGGCCUGU